CCAUCCAUCCAAGCACAACGCGCUGGUCAGUGUGCUGCCCAGGGGCUUCAGGCACCAAUUAGAAGCGCUGGACCGAAGGAUGCGCACUUAAUAAACUUCAUCUCUUUUCUUUUUGUCGUCCUGAAAACCUCUGUCUCGUGUCAAAAUUCCCCCUCAGAGCGGCUCCACGGAUCUCCUGUCGUCCGUUGGUCCCCGAACAGCGCGGAGGAAGUGGUCGGUGGUCUUUUUGGUGACCGCUGUCGCGAUGCUUUUGUUGGCUCUGGCCGUUGCCGUCCCGUUACUGCUGCUCCGCACCUCCGAGACCGCCGCUCAUUACUACGAGAUGAUGGGCACCUGUCGGAUGGUUUGCGAACCGUACACCACCAAACCUGGAGGCGCCACCGCCAUGGAGGUGAUCCAGAACCUUAACGGUGUGGCUCCGCAGCCGCCGAUGGCGCAAGGGAGUCGCGGGGAGCCCGGGCGGCCGGGUAAACCGGGUGCCAGGGGUCCUCCGGGAGAACCAGGACCCCCGGGUCCGAGAGGGCCACCGGGCGAGCGCGGCGGCGGUAAACUCGCCUUCCCCGCGUUAACCGGAGCUGCAGGGGGUGAGAACGGCGACACAGAGGGCGGGAACUCCACGGCCAACAGUUUCAGGAUCGCCUUUUACGUCGGUCUGAAGAAUCCUCACGAGGGAUACGAAGUGUUAAAGUUUGACGACGUGAUUACAAACUUAGGGAACCACUACGACCCGAGCACAGGGAAAUUCACCUGCCAGGUGUCCGGGAUCUAUUUCUUCACCUACCAUGUGUUAAUGCGGGGAGGAGACGGGACCAGCAUGUGGGCCGAUCUCUGUAAAAACGGACAGGUGCGGGCCAGCGCCAUAGCUCAGGACGCAGACCAGAACUACGACUACGCCAGCAACAGCGCCGUGCUGCACUUGGACUCUGGGGACGAGAUCUACGUCAAACUGGACGGUGGCAAAGCUCACGGAGGCAACAACAACAAGUACAGCACCUUCUCCGGUUUCAUCUUAUACCCCGACUAAAAACAACCACCAAAGGGAAACAUGAAAACUGUUUCCAUUCAAGUUUAUGAUCCAGUAUGUUUCUCCUCUUUUAAUGAUAGGUGUCACUACGCACAGGCUUACCUGCAUCUGUGUGUUCCGUUUAUUUAGUCAAAGACCUUCUUGUAUAUGUAUUUAACUUAAGUUAAGUUCAAUUGCUCUACUGUCAUCAGACCAAUAGAGAUUGUGCCAGGGAUUGCAGACCCAAAAUCGAGUAAAAGCUCCGAACCGAGACAGCAUAACAUUCCUGAAGUUUCUUUGAAUUCAGAUGAACACAUCUCUAAAAUGCUUUUGGGGAAAUGAGCCCAUGCAGGCCUCACUGGCUGCUUACAGGCUUAUGAAGUACUAAUGGUGUGUCAUACUUCAGGCUCAGCUAAUGAAAUAAUUGAUGUCUAGGAGUAAAAUGAAUGUCAGAUAAGCUGAUUUUAGAGCAGCAGCGAGCAGCAGCAGUGUUUGGACUUAAGGCCCGGUCACACCAACAUUUAAAAUUUUUCAUGUCAAGCUCAACUCGAGCGAACUUUGAUACACAAAUUUGUAUAAUUGAUCAGUUGUUAACCUUCAAGGGGACGGAGAGCUUGAGAGUUCAAAAACGAGCAAGUUUUGUUGCAGUGUCUAGUUUUAGUUAACCUCGUCUGCCUGAGUAUAAAGUGCUGCAAAUAAGAGGAGUGGUUUCUAGGCAAUUCUGAAUAAACUUUAAACUCACUGUCCUGUUCGCAACUACACUAACAAACUUGUACUUUUCAGUUUAGUAAGCAUGCUAGCAUGCUUAACUCUUCAAUGAUGUACAACCCUGAGAAGAAUAUGACGAGCUGAGGUCACAGCACAGUACAGAGGAACUCAGAGAGCUACCACGACUGACUAGUGCUGACAUGUUGCUGUUUUAUAAGCUGAAAACAAUGAGGUCCGUGGAAAGUGCCAAAGAUGACGGGCUUCACAUCCUAAAUGCUUUGGAUAAGGUGCACAAAAAUGUAAGGUAGCAAGCCAAAUCGUGCUGCUAUAUGUAGUCUUCAGUGUUUGACAAAACCACACAUGACUGAUAGAAAUGGAUGUCUUGCGUCAAUAUUGAAUCAGUUAUAUUUUUGUUCUCAUACAUGCAAAUAAAUAUUGUUUGACAAAAAGUUUGCUUAGCGUGACAAUCUCUCAACAGGACAAUCUAAGUGAAAGCAAUGACACACGCAAAGAAGAAGCUACUGCUAAGCCAUGUGCAACUUUCGCAUUUUGUUUAAUCUAAUGUCAGAGCUCUUUGUUUCUGCAAGCAAUUUGUCCGUUCACAUUUUGCUCCACGGGCUGCCUGUCUUAAUGUGUUGCAUUGCACUGUAGCCUACAGUCCUGCAGUCCAGCUCACAGGUUCCAGGUGCCCCCCGCUCCCCUGCUCUCGUUUGGUGUAUACAUUCAAAAAGGUUACACUGAGGUCCUUCGUAUUAAGUCCAUCUCAUGUUUUGUAUUCUAGCGUGGAGCGUUCAAAAAAUCCUUCCUUAAAUCUUCCGUUGCUGCAAAUGCCAAU